CCCGCCCGGCCGGCCGGGGACAGGGCGCCUGCGCCGGGGGCAGCGGGGCCGGGGGUCGGGUCUCGGAGCUGGGGAUCUGGGGCUGAGGGCUCGGAGCCGGGGACUCGGGGCACGGCGGCGGUGGCUUGGGGAGCCACCUGCGGGAGGCUCCGCUCCGCCCCGCUCCGCCCCGCUCGGAGCAGGCGGCCGGGGGAAGGCGCCCCCGAGCCCCCCUCGCAGGCGGCGGCAGGGAUGGGACCGGCCCCGCCGCCACCUGCCUGAGCCGCUCCCGCAGACGCCGCCGCCGCCUCCUCAGCGGGGGAGCCCCGACCGGCAUUCAGAAUGGCAGGCUUGUCCACGUUAAUCCUCCUUUUGUGUGCUGCUAAAGAUGUGAUGCCCUCCAGUCCUCACUGGAAGCCAACAUGGCCUUCUUACAGAGUUCCAGUCAUCCUGCCACAGUCUACCCUCAACUUGGACAAGCCACAGUUUGAUGCUGAAGCCAGACUGGAUGUGGUGUCUCCCUGCGGCCCAGCCUGCCACAAAAGUUCUCCGCUGCCAACUUAUGAAGAAGUGAAGAACUACCUGUCCUAUGAAACCUUGUACGCUAACGGUAGCCUCACUGAAACCGAAGUGGGCAUAUACAUUCUGAGCAGCAGUGAUGGGUCUCAAGGCAAAUCUCGAACUAAGAGACAGAUCUAUGGCUAUGACAGCAGGUUUAGCAUUUUUGGGAAGGACUUCUUGUUGAAUUACCCGUUCUCCACAUCAGUGAAGCUAUCUACAGGUUGCACAGGAACACUAGUGGCUGAGAAGCAUGUUCUUACUGCCGCUCACUGUAUCCAUGAUGGCAAGAGUUACGUCAAAGGAGCUCAGAAACUGCGGGUGGGCUUCCUGAAGCCAAAACUGAAAGACGGCAGCAAAGGGGCCAAUAUCACCAACUCAGCAAUGCCUGAAAAAAUGAAAUUCCAGUGGAUCCGAGUGAAACGGACACACGUCCCCAAAGGAUGGAUCAAAGGCAACGCCAAUGAUAUUGGCAUGGAUUAUGACUAUGCCCUGCUGGAGCUCAAGAAGCCUCAUAAAAGAAAGUUUAUGAAGAUAGGUGUGAGCCCACCAGCAAGACACUUGCCUGGAGGGAGGAUUCACUUCUCUGGCUACGACAACGAUCGUCCAGGAAAUCUGGUGUACCGUUUCUGUGAUGUCAAAGAUGAAACGUAUGACCUGUUGUACCAGCAGUGUGAUGCCCAGCCAGGUGCAAGUGGAUCUGGGGUGUAUGUGAGGAUGUGGAAGAGGCAGAAUCACAAAUGGGAACGUAAAAUUAUUGGAAUAUUUUCAGGCCAUCAGUGGGUGGACAUGAAUGGCACCCCACAGGAUUUCAAUGUAGCUGUUCGCAUCACACCCCUCAAAUACGCACAGAUCUGUUACUGGAUCAAAGGCAACUACCUUGACUGCAGGGAAGGAUAAAGACAAUGAAACUCCAUGAAAGCACUUAAUGACUGGUUUUAAUUACUUAUGUGAGGAGAGGCUAGACUUCUGCUGCAAAUGUGUGUGAUACGUUCUUGUAACAUCGGGAUGUGAUAUGUAGCUUUUUGAGCAAGCCACCUUGUUCUCAGGACUGGGGCUAUGUGGUGCUGUCAUUUCAACUAGAAACUGGGGUUAAAGGAACAUCAUCUGGGAGGGGAAGGAGCAGGUGGACUUGCUGAAUUUGCAGCUGAGCAACUGAAGAUUAAUGAGGGGCGGAUCAGUAAACAGUACAAAAUCAGAACCGUCUCCAAAGAAUCCUAUAAAAGGGACGCUGUUGACUAUCUCAUGCCUAUGAUGUUUGUUUUAAUAAAUCCUAGGAUUAGUAGAAAUGCUUUGAUCUGAACUUUUAAAAGAAAAUAUUUCUAUGCUGUUGGGGGCUGAAGAGGGGCAUUUAAUAGUGUUUGCAACCCAAACAUUACAGCUUUGUGUUCCUGCAUGAGAAAGGGAGUGUGAAAAGGGCAAGGCAUGCGCUGUGGGAGAUGAAUGCCACACAAAUAGCGUGAAGGGUAAAUAACUGCAUAACACUUCUAACCUUCUUUCAGCCUGAGUGAUCUGAGACUUUAUUAGUAACAUAGUUAAGAAAAAUGCUUUUUAAGCAAACAGACCUUGAUGUUGCAAGGACUUAACUGUGAAGAUGAUGUUGGUCACAUGAGCAGUGCCAUUGCAUCCUGCUUUGGGAAACAUAGAUCACACAUGGGCUUAAAUCUUUUUAGCAGCUGGGGCACAGCCUCACACCUAUCAGGAUCCCUACGAAUAUUCUAUUAUAGAAAGCAUAUGGGGAUGGAGGCUUAUCCUCUGUUAUGUUCUCCAUAGAUAUUUUUUUUUUUAAGGAAAAUUUAAUGUCAGCAACUGAGACAUUUCAUAGGGGAAGCCUGUCUUGCUCUUGCUGAUGAUCUGAACUGCUGACUGUAAAGCAGGCAAAGGGUAGAGCAGGACAAGGGUUUUACUGAAUUUUCCACACUCUCUGUUGACAAUCCAUGCUGUCUACCUAAACAUAAGUGAAGUAGAGGAACCCUACAUUUAUAAGUGUCUCUCUAUCAUAUCCCUUUCACAGCAUAAUUUGUACAGCACUUUGACUUCCUUUUCUUGUGUUGUUUGAGGCAGGGACCCCUUUCCCUGUCAAAUUUUUCAGUUACAAAUAGUUCUUGGCAAGUGCACAGUUCAGUAAUUCUGCUGAAACAGAGCCAAAUUGCAGGAUGUAAUCUGAGUUACUAGGAAGUGAUGCUCUGCUGUCUUUUAUAGACAUCAUCAACUUAUAUUUUUACUACAGCAGAAUUGUAGUUUAAAACAAGAAGUGCCUUGUAUAAGUAACAUCAAUCCAGCCAAACACUUGUAGCUUAGCAAACAGCAUUGGGAAGUCAGUGUGGUCUGUACAAACAGUGUUCUCAGGUGGAUCAUGCCACUGUAUUACAGUAACAUAGUUAAGUACAUGCUGCCAUGACAAUAUUAUUUUCUUAAAUAGGAGGAUAGACACUGGCUCCAGUUCCUCUUCCAUCCAUCUCUCACUGUCUCCUGAAGCUUACCAAGUUGCCCCUGGCUCUUGGUGUUAUGGGGCAAAGGCAAGGCCCUGGUGUGAAAUGGCAGAGCUGGAAGGAGUGAGUCUGAGCAGGGCUUCCCUAUGCUAUACAAGGAAAAUGUUAAUUCAGCUAAGCCUUUCUUUCACUCUACUAAUUACUGUGGCAUUUGUAAACAUAUGCCUGAUGGUGCUUUAUCUUUGUGAUGGCUUUGGCUCUAGUUCUGAAAGCCAUUUGUGCUAGAGCUGCCUAUGAUUAUUAUUUUUAUAGGUGCAGCAUAUGAAAACAUGGACCCUCACGGGUUUUUGGUGCACUCAGAUACAAGCAGCUACUAAUGCUUUGACAUAUGAAUAAUCACCACAUGUAUCUGAUGGUCUUUUUCUGCCUUUUUAAUUUCCUUUACUCUAUGACUGUUGUCUGGAGCACUUUUGUUUGAAUGUAUCACAGUGAAUAAAGAAAGUUAUGGAAUUUCAAUGCA